CAACUACUUUUUUCCCUUACAUCUCCCCCCUCACAACUCACAACCAACCUGAUCCUAAACACUUAAACCAAAAGCCUCCAUUCUGCAUCAAUGGAGUCAGCAGCUCUCUCACUUACAUUCCACCACCCACUUUCAAAUCCCUCAAACAUCAACCUCACCAAAUCAAACCCCCUUUAUCCCCUCCUUAAACCCUUCAAACAACCAACCAUCAAAACCACCACCACCGUCAUCUCCGCCGCUACCAAACACAACAACAACCCCAUCACACAAACCCUCAAGCUCACCGCCCGCACCAUCGUAUUCGCUGCGGCUGCCGCAGCCGUAAUCUCCAAGUUCCAACAAUGCCCAGCCAUAGCAGAACCACUUACCCAAACUGCUACAACAACAAUAUCUGAAUCUGAAUCCGAAAUUUCUGAGUUUCUGGAAUCAAAUUCCGAAGCGAUUGAUGCCAUGAAAACAUUACUUGAAAAGAAAUUGGAAACCGGGGAGGAUCAAGAAAGCUUGAAAAUCUUGAAGAAACUCGUUUUGGCCCAACCCGAAAACGGAGAUUGGAAGUUUUUAAUGGAGAGAUUGUUAAACGAAACGGGUGAAAAUGAAACGGGUCGAGAGGACUUAGAACAGAUUUUAACACGAAAGCCGCUUUCUUUCGAGGCAUUGUUUGAAAACGCGGUGUUGAUGGACAAAUGUGGAGAGGGUGAAGUGGUGAUUAAAAGAUUAGAGAAGGAAGUAGAAGAAAAGAACGAGAAAGAGGCAAGAGAUGUAAGAUUGAUCAUAGCACAAGUUGAGUUUUUGAAGAAAAAUGUUGAUGAGGCAUUGAAGAGAUAUGAUGAGCUUGUUAGUGAAGAUCCUGAUGAUUUUAGACCUUAUUUUUGUAAAGGAAUGAUCUAUAGUUUGAUUGAUAAGAGCGAUGAGGCGAAAGUUGAGUUUGCUAAGUAUCGCGAGCUUUCGCCCAAGAAGUUUGAGGUGGAAGGGUAGAUUCGGACAUUGUCGUCAAGAAUGAAGCUUUUUGGCACUGAUGAACAAAAUUAAGUCAUAUAGAGUUUGAAAUAAAGAGGUGUUGUGAUUUGAUCUUGAUUAAAGAUUUAAAGAUCGCAGGCGGUAUGUUUUUUUGUUAUGAUCUAAUCCUUGUUAGCAAGAGAUUCAGCAUA